AUGCAAAUUGGGUUUACAAAUGAGCUCGCAUUGGAUGAUGAUUUUAUUUCCAUCGUAACUUACAAAUGUGAAAGUAUUAAAGCACCUCCAGAGGUGCCAAAAGAAAUAUUAAAUUUAGAAAUAUCAAUAAACACGAUCAAGCGGCGUAUAAAGGGGAUUUUAAACCAUAAAGCCAUCCCCGUUUCACAAAAAGGAUGUGGGUUCAGCUUUAGUCCGCUUCCUUUUCCAACUGAAAAGCAGGAUCCCUAUUCAUGUGCCCUCUUCCUUGUGAGAAGAGAUGAUUUGGGGCUUAAUACUGCAAUCCUACACCACUUUUCGAAGGUGGAAGUGAACUUAAUCGAACUAAGGGUAACAAAUCAAAUCAAAGAUUAUUUGUGUCUGAAAGCUAAAAAACAAGUCACUUUUUUAGUGGAUGGAUUCAAGUGGUGGCCUCGAAAUAAAAACACGCCCUCAUCAGGUAUGUUAGAUGAUGACGACAACAACAAUUAUCUAUUUUUUGUUAAACCUUUGGAUAUUUUACUUACUUUUACUCUUUGCACCCUAAAUGGAAGGCGACUUAUUUCAAUCAGAUUAUUUAUAGGGGGCGAUACAUUCUGCGUCAUUUUGAAUGGACGAUGGGAUAAAAUUGCCAGAGGUCAAGGUCAGACAUGUCAUUUUAGAAUUCAUAAGUUUUGA